CCGACAUCAGAUCGAGCGGGUGUACACAGAUUCUCCUUCAUGCACUGAAGUCCAGAUGACUUCAACGCGAUGCUUGCAUUCCAGUCACCGACGAGUUAACUUUAGAGUACCGAAAAGUGAAAGUGACGACGCUGGCGCAUUACUCGGCGUGUUGUUCUUGCUACUUCGCACACACGGCUUUGGUGGGCGCUAUUAUGGCGACUUAAACCUAGAUGUAAUGUAAAGGCAGGGGAGUUUCCAAGUCAAUUGGGUGGACAUUGCAUUGAAAAGGAGCGGAUUUACAACUCCACUCAGUAUUUCUGCAUGCCCGCAAGUGUCCGCCAUCGUAUCUUAUACGCAAACAGUUGCAUUUGGGUUAAAGUAUCGUGGUGACGGUGAGAAAUCCUGGGUCAUCGCAGCUAAAGAUCUGAGCAACUGAGGAAUUUCCUGGAAUCCAGAGCCGCUUGUGCUGGUGUCCCCUUACACACUGCAAAAGCAGAGAGUAUAAACAGAACCAUGGUCCAGUCUGAAUGUCAGCUCCUAAGAGGGCUGUUGGGUUUUAUUUGUUUAAUACCAAUGUGCAUGAGCACAUCAUCAGAGCUCUGUGUAUCUGUGAAGACAUUAAAAGAUAGCUUGAACUCAUCUCUGAGGAGACGUUUUAUGAAAAUGAACUUUCCCAUUAACUAUACAAUUGAAGUGCAUUAUGGAGAGGUGUUCAGGCUACGCAACAUCAGUAAACUGAAAAGUGAAGAGAUCCAGCCAGAGGCGAGAGAUCUACAGGAAUUGUGGCUCUCUGCUAGUCUGAAGGGUAUAUCAAAGGUUUUAAGAGUGCUGCCAGAGAGACACCCAACACGCCUUAAGUACCUCUCCAAUCUGGAGAUUCUCUUCAAAAACUUUGAAGCACUAUAUAACCAACACCAUCCGAAAGAAGAGAGAGACCUUCCAGAUAGCAUACAAGAAAUCUGGGAUAAUAUGGAGGACCAGGGAUGGAAAUCUGUUACACCAAAGUCAAUACUGGACAACUGUUAUCGGACCAUGCUCUGCCUUUUUAAAGACUGCUUCACAGAAGAAAGCGGUGUUGACUAUUGUGUCCCCAACUGGAGAAAAGAGAAGAAAACAACCUAGCAGCAAAUCCGAGCGGAUCAAGUCCUGUCGUCACAUUUCUGAUGUGGGUGGUUUGUGUAGUGACACGCAGCAUGUGCACCCCUUGUCCUAGUGAAGUAACUGAGUGCCUCCACCUGCUUAUAACCCAGAUGGAGAAAAGCAGCACCCUUCUCGGCACUUGGAAGAAACUCUACUGACCCUGCAGCUAUUGCGCUCCAUCAUUCAAAAAUAUACCUCCAUACCAUCAUCCAUCCAUCUGCCCACCCGCCAAUUACGUGUUUGCAUACUUCUGCAAUAUUUUGCAAAAAAACAUGACCCUGUAUGCACUUGUGUGUGUGCUCGGUGGAGAGCUGCAUUGUCUCUUCGCCAAAGCAUUUUCUAUUGGUAUUUUAAAAGCCAUUGCCACUGUGACCUGCAUUGUUGAGGAAAAUAAGUUAUGCUCUUGAUGUACGCCAAAACAUUAUGUUAAAGAUGAGAUAUUCUUGAAUACGUUUAGGUAGGAUAUAUAAAUAAGGUUCUUUUGUACGUGUAUCAUUUGCAUGCAAAUGCUGUGCCGACUGCUGGCUUUGUCGGCAUUGUAGUUUUUUCUAAGAGGCUCUUUUGUGCUUUACUGCUGGUUUGAGAUUGUACCGAAGUGUUUCUAAAUGUCCUUAUAAAGCUUUUAAAGUGGCCAGGUAGGUUUGAUAUGAGAUUCUCGUAUGUUUUAUAUACAUAGAUGUUAAUCGAGGUUAUUUAUUUGGAGACCUGCCACAGAAUGUUCUGAUAAAUGUUGUAACAUGGCCUGGAAAAUAAACCACUCACUAGCA